CACCAACGCGUCCUUAUUGACGACCUACUCUCAAACGACGUUCAAACACGAUGACGGCGAUCACACCAAAACCUCCGCCACCCUAAAAUGGCGACGGCAGGCACCAAGUUACCUAUAAAGGACCCAAACCCAAACCCAUAUCACCACUUCCAAUUUCCGGUUUCAAAACUCCUCUCAGCUCGCUUGCUCGCACUUGACUACUAUAUUCCCCAAACUUUGCAGCUACAUAGGAGAUAAAUGAUAUCCGGUAGCUGAGAGUUAUUGUGAAACUUUCUCGAUUGGAGGUGUAAAGGUUUUUCAUCUUCUCGCCUGAUUGGAAGUGUUGAAUUGAAUUUUUUGGUUUUUGUUUAUUUGGAAACGUUUCGUUAUGAAGAAUACUUGAGCAUGGCUUCUCUGAUCAAUUUGGUUGGUGUGAAUAAGAUAUCAUCUACAGGAGAUUCCGAUGGUCCUGUAUGCUUAGUUAGUAGGGUUUCUUUUCAGAGAAAUGGACUUAGUUUUAGAAGAUUUUGGAGCAGCAGUGAUUGGCCUUAUUCUUGUGUAUGUAAAUGUAAAUAUUCUGCGACAGCUGAAGGGAAUUCAAUGCCUAAUUCCACAUAUAGACGUAGCAAUAGUGAUAAUUCUAAUGAUAAAUACAGAAGAGGAGCUCCGAAGCCGAUGCUGAAGCCUGUUCCCAAAGUCGAUCCUGGUUUCACAAUGUCUUGGGAUGAAGUUAAACAUAGUAGGAAGUCAGAGAAUGAGAAGUUAAUGGAUGGAGAGGAGAGAAGUAAGGUUAGUGAGUCUUUGGGGGAGGUGUUGGAGAAGGUGGAGAAGAUCAAGACUGGUAAGAAGGCGAGCAUCUUUGUCAACAAACCUCCGGAUGAUGGUAAAACUGCUAAACCUGUUAAUUCGGUAAAGAAUUUCAAGAGUAAGACAAAGACUUUCAAGAGUGUUUGGCGGAAGGGCAAUUCAGUUGCUACUGUACAAAAGGUCGUGCAUGAAAUACCGAAACAGGAGCAUAGAACCGAUGCUCCAGAGGUUGAUGCCUCUGAAUCUGUUUCUCAGUUAAGAUCCCAUCAACCGCCUCAGAAUGUUCGCCUGAAGCUACAAGGAAAACCCCCUGUAGAUGCUAAUGGAGUUGAUUUGGCCUCUGAGCUGAAAGUGCAGAAGCCAAUUUUACGGGACAGGUUUGCUUCUAAGAAGCCGGGGGUCGAUCCUCUCCUUGCUCAAGCAGUUUUGGCCCCUCCAAAACCAGGGAAGAGCAUGGUAUCUGGAAAAUUCAAAGAUGAAUAUCGAAAGAAAGGUAUCCCAUCUGAAGGACCUCCCCGAAGAUGUAUGGUUGAUGAUGGCAGAAAGAUCUACGAUGAGGAUACAGACGAGCUAGAUAUUUCCAUCCCUGGUGCUACUGCUGCUCGGAAAGGUAGGAAGUGGACGAAAGCAAGGAGAAAGGCAGCUAGGCUCCAGGCAGCUAGAGAUGCUGCACCUGUCAGGAUGGAGAUAAUGGAAGUUAACAAAGAUGGAAUGCUUACAGAAGAGUUGGCAUGCAACUUGGCCGUUAGUGAAGGUGAAAUUCUUGGAUAUUUGUACUUGAAAGGCAUCAAGCCUGAUGGGGUGCAGAAGCUGAGCAAUGAUAUGGUGAAGAUGAUUUGCAAUGAGUAUGGGGUGGAAGUCAUUGAUUCUGACCCGACCAAGGUUGAAGAAAUGGCGAAAAAGAGGGAAGUUCUUGAUGUAGGUGACUUGGAUCAAUUGGAAGAUAGACCUCCUGUCUUGACUAUAAUGGGCCAUGUUGAUCACGGAAAGACAACGUUGUUGGAUUAUAUCCGAAAGAGUAAGGUAGCUGCAGGUGAAGCUGGUGGUAUUACACAAGGAAUCGGAGCUUAUAAAGUCCAAUUACCAGUCGAUGGGAAAACACAAACAUGUGUUUUCCUUGAUACACCUGGGCAUGAGGCAUUUGGUGCGAUGAGAGCUCGUGGCGCCAGAGUAACAGACAUUGCUGUCAUUGUAGUUGCAGCCGAUGACAGCAUCCAGCCUCAAACAAAUGAAGCUAUUGCUCAUGCCCGAGCAGCAGGGGUGCCCAUUAUUGUAGCUAUAAAUAAGAUCGAUAAGGAUGGGGCUAAUCCAGACCGAGUUUUGCAAGAUCUUUCUUCAAUUGGACUGAUGCCUGAGGACUGGGGCGGAGAUAUCCCAACGGUUAAGGUAAGUGCGCUGAGAGGUGAUAAUGUUGAUGAGUUGCUGGAAACCAUCAUGCUCGUUGCUGAGUUACAAGAACUCAAGGCCAAUCCACAUAGGAAUGCUAAAGGAACUGUGAUUGAAGCUGGCCUUGAUAAAGCCAAAGGACCUGUGGCUACAUUCAUUGUGCAAAAUGGAACCCUCAAGAAAGGAGAUAUAGUAAUUUGCGGGGAAGCCUUUGGAAAGGUGAGGGCUCUGUUUGAUGAUAACGGAAAACGGGUUGAUGAUGCUGGCCCCUCUAUACCUGUGCAGGUGCUUGGAUUGAAUGGUGUUCCAUUAGCGGGUGAUGCGUUUGAAGUUGUUGGCUCCAUUGCUGCAGCUCGAGAAAAGGCUGAGGAACGUGCAGAGUAUUUGAGAAAUGAGCAUAUAACAGAAAAAGCAGGGGACGGGAAAGUCACACUGGCUUCUUUUGCCUCGGCUGUAUCAGCCAGAAAGAACGGUGGAUUAGAUUUGCAUCAAUUAAAUAUCAUACUGAAGGUUGAUGUUCAGGGAUCAAUUGAGGCGGUGAGACAAGGUCUGCAGGUGCUUCCACAGGAUAAUGUCACACUAAAGUUUAUUCUGCAAGGGACUGGAGACGUGAGUACCGGCGACAUUGACCUUGCAGGGGCAAGUAAAGCAGUUAUUUUUGGCUUCAAUGUCCGGAUACCCGCUUCAGUCAAGAGCCAUGCAGAUAACAAACAGGUUGAAGUUCGGUUGUAUAAAGUUAUAUACGAACUAAUUGACGAUGUGCGGAAUGCAAUGGAGGUACUCUUGGAUCCAGUUGAGGAAAGACUGCAAAUAGGUUUGGCGGAGGUACGGGCUGUGUUUGGCAGCGGCAGCGGCCGUGUGGCUGGAUGCAUUGUGACAGAGGGAAAAUUAGUGAAAGAUUGCGGGAUUCGGGUACUAAGAAGAGGAAAAGAAGUUCAUGUUGGUGUCCUUGGCUCUUUGCGACGAGUCAAAGAGAUAGUUAAAGAGGUAAAUGCUGGACUGGAAUGUGGUAUUGGAGUCGAGGGGUUCAAUGAUUGGCUCGAGGGAGACAUUUUGGAGGCAUUCGACACGGUGCAAAAGAGAAGAACGCUCGAAGAGGCAUCUGCCACAAUGUCGGCUGCGCUCAAAGAAGCCGGGAUACAAUUGUAGAGGGAGACAAAGGCGUCUAUCAUCAACUCACGCCCGUUGUGGCGAGGAGGUAUGUCAAGAGCUCGACAUUCAUGGAUGCAUACAUACAUAUUUAUCUGUCCAUCUAGAGGUGAUCUUUUGUAGCAGUUCUUUCAUGUUUUUUGAAAAUAGAUUGAGGUUUAUACAAAAUGGUUUUUUUAGUGAUAUAA